UUUACACAUUCAUUCAUUCACCUUCUUUUGAAAGAACCUAGCAUCACUAAACAAAGGGCAAUAGACUACUUAAACCCUAAAGGAAACAAACAAGCAACAACAUCCAAAACUAAGAAGCGAAACAUAAAAAAAACACUAUGCGUCUUAUCAAACAGAACGAUGACGAUCUUGCAGCAGAAGCUGCUAUGCGUGGAGGCUUUAUUGGUGCCUUCAAAUACAGUACCGUAGCUCUUUUUGCAGGGGCGGUCCUUCAUGCCACAUCCCCAAGAUUUAGAGCCAUUCGUCCUCCUCAGAAGGGCUGGCUCAUGGUGGCUGCGUCCUUGGCAGGCUUUGGCAAUGGGUCCGACACGGCAUUUACCAACUACGAACGUCGUGACCGGGAGAUGCAGAUCCGUCUCGCAAACCAAAAACGACAUGAUAUUCUGUAUGGAAGCGCUGAGGAAAAGCGAGCCACUGCUACAGCACUAUCCGCCUCUGCUUCUGACACCAACGCCAGUGCUUAGGUAGCAUUAGAGUUGGUAUAGAAUUGAUGGCAAUAAUUGAUGGCAAUAAUUGAUGGCAAUAAUUGAUGGAGAUAUAUAAACAUAUUAAGCUAAGGUGAAUCGGAAUAGAACGGGCGACGCUUACACUGCAUAAAUCUAUUGCAAUAAACGCCACCAAUAAAGAUGUCU